AUGGAUGGCAGAGUGGAGCGGGAGUGGCAGCUAUUGCGGAACCCGUCGGUGCUCGUUGCGAACGGCAUCCUCCUCUUCGAAGAAGACCAGCAGGGCGCUGAAUGCGGCCGGCUGGUGUUCUGGCUGGGCGAGCUCCCCCACAACGUGCUCUUCACCACAGAGAAUGGCACUUCCCUCGAGCGGAUCAAAUCCAACAAAGUUUGCCUUCGCUUCCCCUUCUCGAAAGAUGAAAAGGUUCUCCAAGUCCCGCCGAAGCCGCGUGAGCUCUCCACCACCACCGCCACCAGUAGCAGCACAACAACAAAGCACACGCGAAGCAUGAGCGACGACUCAGCGCACACAACCACUUCUCUCACCUUCUCGUCCUUCUCCUCCAACCCGCAACUGCCAUCGACCACCACCUCCUCCUCCACCACAUACGAUCACGUCGUUGCUGACAGUAAGCCAGAGCCGAAGGUGACGUACUGGUGGAGCCGCUUCAGUUCUGGUUCAUCUGAGGCCAAGGUCUCCACCACGACCACGACCCCGACAUCGCGCCAUGAGCCUUCCCUUAGUCGCUCACUCCCGCCCUCCACGGAUACGCACGCCGCGCCUACAAAAGACUACGCCCGCAAGAAGCUCACCGAUGGCGUGGGCAAGCUUGCAGAAAACGAGGCCAUCCAAGAGAAGGGAGGACAUAUGCUGGCACAGUUGGCAAGGGACAAGGGCGUACAGAGCAUGGUGGGCGACGCUAUCGCGGAGAGCUCUGACAAUUCCUUCCUGGCCAAGAUGGCCCGCAACCCGAAAGUGCAAGAGAAGAUCGCCUCUAAAGUGUCAGCGGCGGCCACCAACAAGACGGUGCAGAAGAAGGUGGGCAAGAUGGUGCGCGACUUCGCCGAGAACGAGGACGCCCAGAAGAAGGCAGCCAGCUUCCUGGGCUCCAUGAUCAAGUCCGCCGCCAGCAGAGACUGA